CUGUAUAUUUAAUGCUCAUGAAUCAUUGAUGUCAUCACUUGUCCACCAGCUCUAGAGGGACUGCACAUGCGUGUACACACACACACACACACACACCCUCUUGUGCCUGUGUACUGUUCGAUGCAGUCAUCAUGACUACCAAUGGAUCCAUUCUAGAGAUGGAAAUCGUGAGACACCAACGGACUCAUCAGAGCAAGGCUCGGGCGCGCUCAUACCUGCUAUCUCCGCCCUUGCUCCCUCUGCCUCCAGCCAGCGCCCCACGGAUCAGGGAGACGGUCCACCUUCCUAUCUUGGCCUCCCACAAACCCACACUUGAGAGUCAGGAUGCACCCCCAGUAUCACUCAGUAUCAGUGAACCAUCACUCUUCACCUCGGAGCCCAAGGUUACCCUGUUUGACAGGUUUCCACACAGACGCCACCCCCCUCUCCGUAAACGUACACCCCAACUGCCAUUCUGCAAGUUAUGUGAUCCAGGUGGGAGGAGUCAGAGCUAUAGACCCACCUACACCCACUUCUCUUAUCCAAUCAGACCAGCCGUGAAGCUGUCCCCAACUCCACCACGGAGCCAGUCAACAUCCGCCACUCAGCUGGGGGUUCGGCGACUGGUGUUUGCGUCCCCUCUGCCCUUAGGUGCACCUCAGGGAGUUCUGUCUGUGAGGGGGACCCCCUGCCUGCCCCCCCAGCCCGGCCCUUCUGCCCAGCCUACACGAGGACGUACCCAGCUUCAUGUUUUCCUACCCACAGAGGUGGUUCCCUCAGAGGAGGUUGACAGUGAAUCGGUGGAUGAGGGUUUUAUGGACGAGCUGGACAGUAAGGUCUCCUCUUUGAAGAUCCAUCAGGGGACAUCAAAACCACCAGUGUAAUAAACAGACUUGUUGAAUGACA